CAGCUUUCAUACACUCCUCAUCCUGUGUGGUCUUCACUGAACUGAAUUUAUAUUUAACAGAACUGCUCACCCUCUUUAUCAUCCUCUAUGACUUGAGCUUUUUUAAGGAGAAGGCACUACUGCAGUCUUCAGUGAAGCAACAAGUAGAAGCUAUUGAAAAACAGUACAUUUCUGCAAUUGAGAAACAAGCACACAAGUGUGAAGAGUUGUUAAAUACUCAGCAUCAGAGGCUCCUUGAAAUGCUAGAUACAGAGAAGGAACUGUUAAAAGAAAAGAUAAAGGAAGCUUUGAUUCAACAGUCUCAAGAACAGAAGGUAAUACUAGAAAAAUGUUUGGAGGAAGAAAGGCAAAGAAAUAAAGAGGCUUUAGUAUCUGCUGCAAAGCUUGAGAAAGAAGCAAUGAAGGAUGCAGUUUUAAAAGCCAUAGAAGAAGAAAGAAAAAAUCUGGAAAAAGCCCAUGCUGAAGAAAGGGAGUUAUGGAAGACUGAACAUGCAAAAGAUCAAGAAAAAGUAUCUCAGGCAAUUCAAAAAGCUAUACAAGAACAAAGGAAAAUAAGUCAGGAAACUGUUAAGGCAGCAAUAAUAGAAGAGCAGAAGCGAAGUGAAAAGGCUGUGGAAGAGGCAGUGAAAAGAACAAGAGAUGAAUUGAUAGAGUAUGUAAAAGAACAGAAAAGACUUGAUCAAGUCAUCCGCCAAAGAAGCCUGUCCAGUUUGGAACUGUUCCUCUCUUGUGCUCAGAAACAGUUAAGUGCUUUAAUAGCUACAGAACCAGUUGACAUUGAAUAAAGAGAACAUGACAAGCUAACCACACUGGCAAUGGAUAAAUCAUUAGACCUCUAAAAUACAUGCUGUGAAUUAUAAAGAUGCUUUUGUUUUCCUUCCAAACCUUGGAGAAUUGAUUUCCACUUCAAGGGUAAACUAAACCAAUAUUUAGAGGAACUAUCACGAGAUCUAAUUUAUUUUCUUUUGUUUUCUCCUUUACAUUUACUGUUAUUUUCUUAGUAGUAGGAGCAGCAGCAGCAGCAGCGACAGAAAAUAAAAUGUGACCCCAAAACCAUUGAAAAUUGCCACAUUACCAAAAGUUAAUUAAACUUCAUGUUCUCUGGUGGCCUAUUAUAUUUUAUUUGGCAAAGGUAGUAAAUAUCUUUACUUAUUGCUUCACAGUGACUCUUGAUAAAAUUCUAGAAUGCAGUCAUACAUUUAUUUGAUUUUGAGGAUAAGCAGCAUGGAUUUCAACAUCACUUGUUUAUCGAUGUAAUUGGGGUAUAAAACACUGAUAUGACAAAGAGUCAUUCUGAUAUUACCAAACCCCUUUCUAUAGAGGGAUCUAUGUAUUUUCAUUGGUAGUGAUUGAAAAUACUGAACAUUAUUAUGUUAAUUCAGCUUUGAUCUGAUGUGCCACUUAAAGGGGUAUAUGUGUGAUAUAUGCUUAUUUCCUGCUUCUGUUCUUCAAAGUCACUAUAAACCAAUAAAAUCAUUUUUCUUAUUAAUCCUAUCAUGAACUUAAUCUCUAGAAAGAUAAUAUAACUUAGCCAUUUAUAGGAAUUUAGAUUCAAAUAUGAAAGAUAUGAAAUCCUUUCCCAAUUAUUCAGAAUGUAUUUAAAUUAUGAGCAGUAUACUUUAAUGAAAAAUCAUGAGUCCUUUUAACAUCAAAAUUAAAAUAUUGUCACUAAAAUGUAUGCAAACAUUUUGUCUUGUUUUCUGAAAUGCUUCUAUUUCCAUGGGCUUUGUACUUUUCUGGGAUUUCUCAGUCUAAUAAAAAGAACUCCAAAAACUUA